GAUCGUGUGUUGCUGACAGAAAAUAAUGGGCGGCGUGUGUUGUUGUCAGCUGACUGAGCUAAAGAUUCGAGUCCGCUCAUAAACAUUAUAACAUAUUGAGGAGCGACAUGGCGUUCAUCACGGCCAACUGGAAUCCACUUGGGGACGCCUUCUAUCGCAAAACAGAAUUAUAUCAGCUGACCUGGAAGUUGAGGGAUGGAUUCAAGGACAGUUUGGUUGCUGCUGCACCUUAUGGUGGACCUAUAGCUUUCCUCAGAGAACCUCUGAGACAAUCUCCGAGUUCCCGUCCCCAACUGGAGAUCUACUCUUCAUCCGGAGCUUCCAUUGCAAGUUUCCCUUGGAAGAGUGGCUCUGUAAUCCAGAUAGGUUGGACUGUUACUGACGAGUUGUUGUGCAUCCAAGAAGAUGGGACAGUUUUGGUCUAUGAUCUCUUCGGUUCAUUCAAAAGACACUUCAGCAUGGGUCAGGACGUAGUUAAUUCUCAGGUUCUGGAAGCCAAAGUCUUUCAUUCGCCGUAUGGUACUGGUAUUGCCAUAGUAACAGGCGCCUCCCGUUUUACCCUGGCAACUAAUAUUGACGACUUGAAGCUGAGGAGGUUACCUGAAGUUCCAGGUCUGCAGGGAGUGCCGUCAUGCUGGGUCGUCCUCACACAGGAUAGACAGACUAAGGUUUUGCUUGCCAAUGGACCAGAAAUCUUUGUCUUGGAUACAACAUCCUGCACGUCUGUGACUCCUCCAGGUCUGGGUCCCUAUAACAGCAUCCUUCAUAUGAGCGUGUCAUUUAGUUACAAAUAUCUGGCCAUCCUUACUGAUGGUGGACUCCUGUGGACUGGUUCCUCCACCCUGCAGGACAAACUGGGUGACGUAGACACAAAGAUGAGGUCACAGCCAAAACAGAUGCUAUGGUGUCGCAGGCCUAGAGCUCAGCAGCCAUCUGUGGUGCUGGUGUGGGACAGACUCCUCCUGGUGGUCGGCUUGUGUAACGAUACAAUCCAAUUCUCUGUGGAGGACCAGUGUGUGUGUGUGGGAGAGCUCGAUGGUGUACGCAUCAUAAGUCCCAGCUCUCAUGAGCUGUUGCAGGAGGUUCCCCUCGUGUGUCAGGAUAUCUUUAAGAUCGCUUCAAUGGCACCUGGAGCUUUACUGCUCGAAGCACAUCGCGAGUAUGAGAAGUGCAGUCAAAAAGCAGAUGAAUAUCUACGAGAGAUCAAGGAGCAAAACAUGCUGGAGGAAGCAGUUCAACAAUGUGUUGAAGCAGCGGGUCAUGAGUAUGACACAGACACUCAGAAGGCUCUGCUUCGGGCGGCGUCGUUUGGCAAGUGCUUCCUCACAGACCUGAGUCCGCGUGAGUUCGUCAACAUCUGCAGAGAAUUGCGAGUUCUGAAUGCUGUCAGAGACCCAGAUGUGGGUCUGCCCCUCACACACACCCAAUUUAAACAGAUGACACUUCCAGUGUUGAUCGACAGGUUGGUGUACAGACAGUAUUAUCCUUUGGUGAUGGAGGUGUGUCGGUACCUAAAGGUCCCAGACUUCCAGGGUGUCAGCAGAGUUCUUAAACACUGGGCCUCAUGCAAGGUGCAACAGAAGGACUUAUCCGAUGAAGACAUAGCCAGAGCCGUGUGCUUGAAGGUUGGGGACUCCCCGGGAGUUUCUUACUCGCACAUCGCUGCUAAGGCCUAUGAAUGUGGACGCACGGAGCUAGCGAUCAAGCUGCUGGACUUUGAGGCACGCUCAGGAGAGCAGGUUCCUCUUCUCCUGAAGAUGAAGCGGAGUCAGCUGGCUCUCAGUAAAGCGGUUGAAAGUGGAGACACAGACUUGGUUUACACAGUGGUGACCUAUCUGAAGAAUCAGAUGAACAGGGGGGAUUUCUUCAUGACUCUGAGGAACCAGCCUGUUGCACUGAGCCUCUACAGACAAUUCUGUAAACAUGAGGAACAGGAAACACUGAAGGAUCUCUACAACCAAGAUGAUGAUCACCAAGAGCUUGCCAACUACUAUAUCUCAGCCAGCUACCGAGAGAAGCGGUUAGACACCCGUCUGUCUCUGCUCCAAAGAGCUGUGGAUGAAUACAACAAAGCAAAAAAUGAGUUCGCCGUCAAGGCCACUGAGGACCAGAUUCGGCUGCUUCGUUUUCAGAAGAAGCUGGAUGAUGACAAAGCGUUAGGGCUACUGGGCAUGUCCCUGCAGAAAACAAUGGAGUCUCUGCUGGAGGUGGGACUUCACAAAGAAACGGAUCAACUUUACAGAGAAUUUAAAGUUCCAGAUAAGAGGUAUUGGUGGCUGAAGUUGAAGUCCCUGGCAGAAAAGGAAGAAUGGGAGGAGGUAGAGAAGUUUUCAAGGAGCAAAAAGUCCCCCAUUGGAUACCUGGUGUUUGUGGAAGUCUGCAUGAAGAAAAACAACAAAGUAGAAGCAAAGAAAUAUGUUGUUAAAGUUUCACCGGAGCAGAAGGUCAAAGCGCAUCUGGCUGUGGGCGACCUGGAGGGAGCUGCAGAUGCUGCCAUUGAGCGCAGGAACCAGACGGAGAUGGGCACUGUCCUGGCUAGGUGCUCUGCAUCCGAUCGACUGUUGAUUGAAAAACUGAACCGGGCCAAAUCCUCAGUGGCCAAGAAGUGAUGCAUCUUGAUCAUCGUAACCUACUGUUGACCUGUCAUAAUAAACCAUUUGCACAUAUGCUUUUUAU